GUUUAACAGGAGCCUCAUACCAAACACAAGCAUGAUUCGAUUCCUCAGAAAAGUGAAGGUGCUUCCACUCUCCAAAGAAAAGCAUCAGCUAAUAAGGAAAGAAAAGAACCAGCUGCUGAAGUAACAAUCACUUAAGAGACACCGUCCUACAAAGGCUACAAUAAGCAUACAGCCGCCAACAUUUCAACAAAAGGUCACUGAUACUGAUAAACACGCUUUCUCUUUGAAAAUUCAACCAAUUUGCCCUUUUUUUCUCUCAUCAUUCUAUAAUAAUAAUAAUAAUAAUAAUAAUAAUAAUAAUAAUCUAUCUUACCUUUCUCUUCUUUCUUUCACUCUUUUGUUUAUUCUACUUUCAAAGGCUCUCUUUCAUAUUGAAAACUCAUUUCCAGUUCACCUUCUGUGGUGAGAUUCAAUUGGUAUGCUUCAAAUCCUCCAUGCUCCAUUACCCAGAUCUUAAAUUUUCUUCCAAAUUGCUUUUUGCCCAAUAAACCCAUCUGGGUCUGCUUCAAAAUCCAAAAUUUCCAAUACCCAGAUCCUGAAUUUUCUUCCAAAGGUUUCGAUCGCCUUUGAAAAAGUAUGGUUUUGCUGUCUGGUUCGGCUCUUUUUCCUCUGACUAUACCAAAUGGGGAUUCUCGGUCCGCUAGAUUUGCAGUUUUAGGUGGGAAGAGGAUCAAUUCGUUUUGUUAUAAGCAAAGGAAGGAGCAGAGAAAGGUUGUUUGUGCUUGCGUGGCGUCUCCACAGAACUUGAGAAGUGAUGAAUCCUCAGCCACCAAAUUCAAUGAUUCAUUUAAAUCGGAGAAUUUAAGCACAGUACAGGAGCCUGAGGAUGAUUCAGAUGUUCUUAUUGAGUGCAGAAAUGUCUAUAAGUCAUUUGGCGAGAAGCAUAUAUUGAGAGGUGUGAGCUUCAAGAUUAAACAUGGCGAAGCUGUUGGAAUAAUUGGGCCCUCUGGCACUGGAAAAUCUACAGUUCUAAAAAUCAUUGCUGGACUUCUUGCUCCAGACACGGGUGAGGUUUACAUACGAGGUAGAAGGAGAGCUGGUUUAAUCAGUGAUGAGGAAAUAACCGGUCUAAGAAUUGGACUUGUGUUUCAAAGUGCAGCACUUUUUGAUUCUUUGACUGUUCGUGAAAAUGUUGGUUUCCUUUUAUAUGAAAACUCAAGCAUGCCUAACGACAAAAUUGCAGAGCUUGUGACGGAAACCUUAGCUGCUGUUGGCUUAAAGGGAGUUGAGGAUCGGUUACCAUCUGAAUUGUCUGGCGGAAUGAAGAAACGUGUUGCUUUAGCUCGGUCUAUAAUUUUUGAUACCACACAGGAAGCAGUAGAGCCUGAGGUGCUUUUGUAUGAUGAACCAACAGCUGGACUUGAUCCAAUUGCAUCUACUGUCGUCGAAGAUCUCAUCCGUUCAGUCCAUAUGAAAGGCGAGGAUGCGCUGGGAAAGCCUGGGAAUAUUGCUUCCUAUGUCGUUGUUACUCACCAACAUAGUACCAUUAGAAGAGCCGUGGACAGGUUACUUUUUCUUUAUGAGGGUAAGGUUGUCUGGCAAGGAAUGACUCAUGAAUUCACAACAUCAGCAAAUCCAAUUGUUAAACAGUUUGCAUCUGGGAGCUUGGAUGGACCAAUAAGAUAUUAGGAAUCUAGUCUAUGGUGGAUAUAUGAGACGAUGCAUGGUCAUUGAUUCAUAGGUACCGGUAGAAUUUCCAGGAAGAAAUGGGUCUGAUGGAGACGCAAAAUUUAGACUCUCCCCCCCGACCUUCUCUGUAGACUCUCAUAACAAGCAAAUCUUAGAGCUCCAUUUUUAGGCUUCAAAGAUAAAUUAUUCCCUUGCAUCUCUACUCAGCAACCUGCAGUCAGAAGUGCCUGCAUUUAGACAUAUAUGCUGAACAGGCACCACCGUGAUAUUUGUUGUCAUCAAUUUCUUUUAAGUUUACCUUUAAAUUUUUGUUGUUGGGACCUGCAUUUGGCCCCAUUGUAGUGGGGUAAAGAAACUUAUUCUAAUCAGAAUUUCAGAGAAAAGUGAACUCAUCCUAAAUGAAAAUUCAUAUUGAAGA